AUGGCUCAAAACCAACAUUGCCGUUUUUAUGAGGAGAAGUACCCGGAGAUCGAUAGCUUCGUCAUGGUCAAUGUCAAGCAGAUCGCCGAAAUGGGUGCCUAUGUUAAGCUUCUAGAGUACGACAACAUUGACGGCAUGAUCCUGCUUUCCGAGCUUUCGCGAAGACGUAUUCGAAGUAUCCAGAAGCUCAUCCGAGUCGGUCGCAACGAAGUCGUCGUGGUGCUCCGUGUCGACAAGGAGAAGGGUUACAUCGAUCUUUCGAAGCGACGAGUCUCCCCCGAGGAUAUUGUCAAGUGCGAAGAGCGAUACAACAAGAGCAAGAUGGUCCACUCUAUCAUGGUGCAUCUCGCCGAGAAGACCAAGCUCGAUAUCGAGAGCCUCUACGAGGCCAUUGCUUGGCCCCUAAACAAGCGAUACGGACAUGCUAUCGACGCUUUCAAGCUUUCCAUCACGAACCCCGAGGUCUGGAACGAUAUUACCUUCCCCAACGAGGUGGCCAAGGAGGAGCUCAAGUCAUACAUCGGAAAGCGUCUUACUCCUCAGCCCACCAAGAUCCGAGCCGAUAUUGAGGUCACUUGCUUCGGAUACGAGGGAAUCGACGCCGUCAAGACUGCUCUCCGCACAGCCGAGGCCCACAGCACCGAUGACACCCAAGUCAAGGUCAAGCUCGUCUCUCCGCCUCUCUACGUCCUUACAUGCUCGACCUUGGACAAGAACGUUGGUAUUACUUGCUUGGAAGAGGCCAUCGUCGAUGUCCGAAAGAGCAUCGAGGGUGCCGGUGGUAACUUGACAGUCAAGAUGGAGCCCAAGGCUGUUACCGAGAGCGAUGACGCUGAGCUGCAAGCAUUGAUGGAGAAGCGUGAGCGUGAGAACGCCGAGGUCAGCGGUGACGAGAGCAUGAGCGACAGCGACGAAAACAUCCCUGAGACCAUCUAG